AUGAUAAGAAUGUUGAAAAAGUUGCCAGUGCCAUUCAUCUCCUUUUGCUGUAAAUGGAAGCAAAUGAACGCAAGUAGUACGACCAAACAUGGAACUAUCCGAUCAAUAAAAAUUCCGAAUAUCUUGUAUGACCCUGGUAGUCAAAUUACUGUAUAA